GGGGAGGUCAUGCUGGACGACUUCAAAAUCAUCUACAUCUCUCCGUUGAAAGCGCUGGUUCAAGAACAAGUUGGAAACCUUGGCCAGCGGUUGGCGCCCUAUGGAAUCAAGGUAGCCGAGCUCAGUGGUGAUCGCCAACUUACGAAGCAGCAGAUUGCUGAAACGCAGAUUAUCGUGACCACCCCUGAAAAAUUCGAUGUCAUCACCAGAAAGGCUUCUGAGACGAGCUACACCAGACUUGUUCGUCUUAUUGUCAUCGACGAAAUUCACCUUCUCCACGACGACCGUGGGCCUGUCAUCGAGAGCAUCGUGAGUCGGACAAUUCGCAAGGUGGAGCAGACCGGAGAUCCUGUGCGAAUCGUUGGUCUCAGUGCUACCCUUCCGAACUACCGUGACGUCGCAAGCUUCCUCCGAGUUGACCCCCUCAAGGGUCUUUUCCACUUCGAUGGGUCUUACAGGCCGUGCCCACUGAAACAGGAGUUCAUUGGUGUCACGGACAAGAAAGCUAUCAAGCAGCUGAAGACAAUGAAUGAUAUCUGCUACAACAAAGUGCUCGAGCAAGUCGGUCAGCGGAGGAACCAAAUGCUAAUCUUCGUUCACUCCCGUAAGGAGACUGCCAAAACUGCCAAGUACAUCCGGGACAAGGCCCUUGAGAUGGAGACCAUUGGUCAGAUUCUGCGGAGCGAUGCUGCAAGCAGAGCAAUUCUGACCGAGGAAGCCGAGUCGGUUAACGAUGCUUCACUCAAAGAUCUGCUGCCUUACGGACUCGGUAUCCAUCACGCUGGUCUGAGUCUUGCAGAUCGUGACUCGGUUCAGGCCCUGUUCGCUGAUGGUAGCAUUCAAGUCCUUGUUUGUACGGCAACACUUGCCUGGGGUGUCAACCUGCCUGCCCAUACGGUGAUCAUUAAGGGCACUCAAAUCUACUCCCCUGAGAAGGGUAGCUGGGUUGAGCUUAGCCCCCAGGAUGUUCUUCAGAUGCUGGGACGAGCUGGACGACCUCAGUACGACACGUUUGGUGAGGGUAUCAUUAUCACCUCCCAGACGGAAAUUCAGUACUACCUGUCGCUCAUGAACCAGCAACUGCCGAUCGAGAGUCAGCUUAUGAGCAAGCUCGCCGACAACAUGAAUGCCGAGAUUGUUCUUGGUAACAUUCGUCAUCGUGACGAGGGAGUUGACUGGCUGGGUUACACUUAUCUGUUUGUCCGUAUGCUUCGUUCACCUGGUCUAUACAGUGUCGGUGCCGAUUACGAGAAUGAUGACGCGCUGGAACAAAAGCGGGUCGAUCUUGUCCACUCUGCAGCCGUCAUUCUGGAGCGGGCAGGGCUCGUCAAGUACGACAAGAAUACGGGGCGCCUACAAUCGACCGAGCUCGGUCGCAUUGCCUCCCACUACUAUAUCGGCCACAACUCUAUGUUGACAUACUCUCAGCACAUUAUGCCAUCGAUCACCCCCAUUGAGUUGUUCCGAAUCUUUGCCUUGAGUGACGAGUUCAAGUACAUCCCGGUUCGCCAGGACGAGAAACUUGAAUUGGCGAAAUUGCUUGGACGUGUGCCCGUCCCCGUCAAGGAGGGUAUCGACGAGCCUCACUCGAAGAUCAAUGUCUUGUUGCAGGCUUACAUCUCCCGGCUCAAGCUCGAAGGCCUUGCUCUGAUGGCUGAUAUGGUCUACGUUACCCAAUCCGCCGGCCGUAUUCUGCGCGCCAUUUUCGAGAUAUCGCUGAAGAAGGGCUGGGCACACGUAGCCAAGACGGCUCUCAACCUUUGCAAAAUGGCUGAAAGACGCAUGUGGCCGACAAUGACACCACUUCGUCAGUUCCCAACAUGUCCUAGGGAUAUUCUGCAGAAAUCCGAAAGGAUCGAUGUGCCCUGGGGCAGCUACUUCGACCUCGACCCUCCGCGUAUGGGUGAACUCCUGGGUAUGCCCAAGGCUGGCCGUGUUGUCUGUGACCUAGUCUCCAAGUUCCCUCGUCUGGAGGUCCAGGCCCAGGUACAACCUGUGACUCGUUCUAUGCUCCGGGUUGAGUUGACCAUUACCCCUAAUUUUGUGUGGGAUGAGGCCCUUCAUGGAAAUGCCCAGGACUUCUGGAUCCUGGUCGAGGACUGUGAUGGCGAGGAAAUUCUCUUCCAUGACCAGUUCUUGCUUCGUGCCGACCAUGCACAGUCCGAGAUGAACGAGCAUCUUGUGGAGUUCACGGUUCCGAUUACCGAACCCAUGCCUCCCAACUACUUCAUUUCCCUCGUCUCUGACCGUUGGAUGCACUCGGAAACCAAGAUUGCUGUUUCCUUCCAGAAGCUGAUUCUCCCUGAGCGUUUCCCGCCUCACACCCCUCUGUUGGACAUGCAGCGCGCUCCAAUCAAGGCUCUGAAGCGCGAAGACUUCCAGCAACUGUAUCCCGAGUGGCAAUACUUCAAUAAGAUCCAGACACAGACCUUCAAGUCUUUGUACGAUACCGAUGAUAACGUCUUUGUUGGUUCUCCUACUGGUAGUGGAAAGACCGUUUGCGCGGAACUUGCGCUGCUUCGCCAUUGGGGCCAGGAAAACAGUGGCCGUGCUGUCUAUAUCGCCCCGUUCCAAGAGCUGGUUGACCAGCGCCUUGUAGAUUGGGAGAAGCGGCUCGGCAACCUGGCUGGCGGAAAGACUAUCGUGAAGCUUACUGGAGAGACAACAGCCGACCUCAGACUCCUCGAACAAGCAGACCUCGUGCUCGCCACUCCCACUCAGUGGGAUGUCCUGUCUAGACAGUGGCGCAAGCGCAAGAACGUGCGGACGUUGCAGCUGUUCAUUGCAGAUGAGCUACACAUGCUCGGCGGCUAUGGGGGAUACGUGUACGAGGUGGUGGUCUCGCGUAUGCACUCUAUGGCGCUCGAAACCGAGAGUGGCAUGCGCAUUGUUGGACUGACCGUUCCACUUGCCAAUGCUCGCGAUAUUGGUGAGUGGAUUGGCGCCAAGAAGCACACGAUCUACAACUUUAGCCCGCAUGCCCGACCGGUGCCUCUCGAGCUUCAUAUCCAGUCGUUCACCAUUCCUCACUUCCCUUCGCUCAUGCUAGCGAUGGCCAGGCCUGCAUAUUCUUCAAUUCUUCAGCUAUCGCCUGACAAGCCUGCCAUUGUUUUCGUACCUAGCCGCAAGCAGACGCGCUCUACCGCCAUGGACCUGUUGGCUGCCUGCGCUACGGAUGACGAUGAAGACCGCUUCCUCAACGCUGACCUCAAUGAGCUAACACCUCUCCUCAGCCGUCUUCAAGAGCGGACGCUCGCCGAAUCCCUUUCUCACGGUAUUGGCUACUACCACGAAGCUCUCAGUCCUACGGAUAAGCGGAUUGUCGCCCACCUUUUCACCAUCGGUGCCAUCCAAGUACUGCUUGCGUCCAGGGAAGUAUGCUGGGAGCUCAAUCUCACCGCCCAUCUGGUGAUCGUCAUGGGAACACAGUUCUUUGAAGGCCGGGAGCACCGUUACAUCGACUACUCCAUCAGCGAGGUUCUCCAGAUGUUUGGCAGAGCUUCUCGGCCCGGCGAGGACAAGCUUGGUCGCGGUGUGCUCAUGGUUCCCGCUGUCAAGCGCGAAUACUACAAGAAGUUCCUGAACGAAGCGCUGCCUGUUGAGAGUCAUCUGCAAGCUUACUUGCAUGACGCUUUCGUCACGGAAGUCAGUACUAGGACAAUCACGUCCACCCAGGAUGCCAUCGAUUGGAUGACGCACACCUACUUCUAUCGCCGUCUCCUCGCCAACCCCAGCUUCUACGGUCUCACUGAUGUCAGCCACGAGGGCCUCAGUACCUUCCUGUCCGAACUCCUGGAGAACACGCUGAAGGAACUGUCCGAUGCCAAGAUCGUUGAUCUUGACGAGGAGGAUGACAGUGUUUCGCCUUUGAACGCGGCCAUGAUCGGGUCUUACUACAACAUCUCGUUCAUCACCAUGCAGACAUUCCUGCUCUCUCUCUCGGCUCGUACGAAGCUCAAGGGUAUUCUGGAGAUUGUCACGUCCGCCACGGAGUUCGAAUCCAUCCAGAUGCGCCGUCACGAAGACCACAUCCUUCGUCGCGUGUACGACCGUGUCCCCGUCAAGAUGUCCCAGGUCGCCUACGAUUCGCCGCACUUCAAGUCCUUCGUGCUGCUGCAAGCCCACUUCUCGCGCAUGCAGCUGCCGAUUGACCUUGCCAAGGACCAGGAGGUCAUUGUCAGCAAGGUUCUCAACCUUCUCAGCGCCUGUGUCGACGUUCUCUCGUCCGAGGGUCACCUGAACGCAAUGAACGCCAUGGAGAUGUCCCAAAUGGUCGUCCAGGCCAUGUGGGACCGGGACAGCCCUCUCAAGCAGAUCCCCCACUUCAGCCCCGACGUCAUCAAGGUGGCCAACGAGUACAACAUCAACGACAUCUUCGAAUUCAUGGAGUCCAUGGACCCAUCCGAGAACAAGAACUACGGCACCCUAAUCAAGCGCAUGGGCCUAGACAACAAGCAACUGGCCCAGGCCGCCGCCUUCACCAACGAGAAGUACCCCAACAUCGAGCUGGACUUCGAGGUCGAGGACCCCGAGAACAUCACCUCGGGUGAGCCGGCCUAUCUCAAGAUCAAGAUCGACCGGGAGGUCGAGGAGGAUGAAGAGCCCGACACCACCGUCCACGCCCCCUUCUACCCCAACAAGAAGAUGGAGAACUGGUGGUUGGUUGUCGGCGAUGAGAAGUCCAAGAACCUCCUGGCUAUCAAGCGCGUCACUAUCGGUCGCAAGCUGGAGCUACGUCUCGAGUACAUCGUGCCUACGCCCGGUGAGCAUGAGCUGUCCCUGUACUUGAUGAGUGAUAGCUACGUUGGCGUGGAUCAGGCUCCUACGUUCACGGUCACGGCGGCUGAAGGAAUGGAGGAGGAUGAGAGCGAGGAAGAGGAGGACGAGGAGUAGGCUGAUCUGCGUGCUCUUCUCUGCUGGAGGUUGCCUUUUGAUGAUUUCUUUAUGCUUCGCAUUUCUGUAAUUAUA